AUGAUGAUGAUGAUGCGCCGUGUGAUGUGUGUGUUGGCCGUUGUGCUGUGCUGCGCCUGCGGGUACACCAUGACGGCUGCUGCUGCUGAUGGUCAGCCAAAGGUGGUCAUUACUUCCGAUAUGGUGAAGGAAGCUCAUGAUAUUAGUUGGGAUCAGUUUCCUGCUGUUACAAGCAAGGAAAAAGAGGAAGAUGCAAAGUACCGUAAGUGUAGGGAUGACCCUAAUCAUGAAGUUCAGGGAAUAAACUGUUCAUUUUGGAAAGAAUUUAGGAAGGUCGUUCCUAGUCAAGCAAACUCCAUUAACCCUCAGGUACCACAAACACAACAACAUCAAGGUAGUUUAUCCAGGGAAGGAGAAGAGCAUGCACAGGAUGUUCCAGCGGGGAGAGAAACACCUGCGAGUGGUGCAAGUCCAGAAAAUGGAGCGGGAGCUGUGCCCCAAUCUGGUGUUGACGCAGAAAGUGCACCAGAGAAAUCAAGUACAUCCUCAAAACCACCUUCUUCACCGACUGCACCUGCAGAGGGCAGCACAACCUCGACAGCAUCCGCAAACGAGAAUACAGGUAACCCUCAAUCUCCUGCAACUGUUGGUGCGACUCUCACUUCAGACUCACAGGAAACCACUUCCACUACUCCGCCGAACACCGAGAACACUCUCAGUGAAGCACCAACUACCACUCCAUUUCCUGAACCUGUAACCGACACACAGAUCAGCAGCAUUGCCCCCACUGUACAGAUGAAGGCUAACGUUGACAGCAGUAUCAGUCCUGUGUGGAUGCGCACUGCAGUACCACUACUGAUGGUGGCUGUGUUGUUCUCCGUUACCCUGUACUGA